AUGUCGAAAAAAACAGCCGCAUAUAUGAGAUGGCACAAAGAUAAGCGUGUGGAUGAUGAAGUAUUACGACAUCCAGCUGAUGGUGAGGCAUGGAAGGACUUUGAUGGUCAGCAUCCUAUGUUCUCUGCAGAUCCUUGGAAGUGUAUGAAAGAUCUAUUUUUCAUGAUGUCAAUGCUUAUUCCUGGACGAUCCGCACCUGGAAGAGACAUCGAUGUUUCUUUGCAACCAUUAGUAGAGGAGUUAACCAAUUUGUGGGAGCAUGGUGUGCAAACAUAUGAUAGUACAAAAGGUUACUUGGCCUACCCUAAUCGUAUCAUGGAUGCAUCAUCUCAUAGUCUGCGAUGUAAGAUAGGGUAUAUGGGUGCUCGGUGGUACUUACCUGAGAACCAUAAUUGGCAAAGAAGUAAGCUCUUCAACGGUGAAAUUGAGAAUCGGUCCAAACCUGUGGAGUUAUCGGGUGAACAAAUACUUGACAAAAUUAAUUUGGGGACGUAUAGGCCGUAUAGAAAGCAUCCAAACAACCGAAAAAGACAAAGGAAUGAAAAUCCAACUCCGAACUUGACAAAACGAAGCAUUUUGUUCAACUUACCCUAUUGGAAAACACUGAAGCUUCGACACAACCUUGAUGUCGUGCACAUAGAAAAGAAUAUAUAUGACAAUCUAGUUGGGACACUAUUGAGCAUAGAUGGCAAGAACAAGGACACAGACAAAGCACGUUUGGAUCUGGAGGAUAUGCGAAUACGAAAGGAGUUACACUUGACAUGGCAUGCAAAUAGCUCUUUGGAGAAGCCUCCAGCAUUGUACACAUUGUCCCCGACAGAGAGACAGAUAGAGAGACAAGGGUUUGCUGAUUUCUUGAAAUCAAUUAAGUAUCCUGAUGGCUAUGCGGCAAAUAUAUCCAAUUGUGUCACCGCAAAUGGUGGUAAGUUAGUUGGCCUCAAGAGUCAUAACGGCCAUGUCCUUCUACAACGACUUCUUCCAAUUGGGAUGCGAGGAUACCUUCCUACUGAGAUUGGGACCACAUUGCUGAUGUUUACAUCUAGGAUGCUCGGACUUCUGAAAGGAUUUGUGGGCAAUAAAGCUCGGCCAGAAGGUUCCAUUGCGGAGGGCUACAUAUCGAAAGAGUUUCAUUGUAUUUGCAUGGAGUUGAAACGGUGUUUAACCGGGAAGAAAGGAACUAUGAUGGGGGUGACAAUGACCCGGGGUUGGCGAUUUUCACUCAAAAUGUUCGUCCUUUUGAUGAACCAAUUGCGAAAUCAAAAGUCACCCGAAGCAACCGAUGAGAUGUUGUCAUUAGCCAAUGGUCCUAAUGCUUUAGUGAACACAUAUUCGGGAUGCAUUUCUAAUGGUGUUCGAUUCCAUAGUAUCGACCGUGAUAACCAUCGUAAAUGUCAAAAUAGUGGAUUGGUAGUGGAGGGGGACUACCAAGGCCAAUUGAUAAAGUUCUACGGCUAA